GGAGGGACAUCCCUUGUCUGGUUGCUAGCAUGAUGGAGCUGCUGCUGCUGUGCUCAACCAGGCUGUGGUAGACCCUGCCAUGGCCUGUAUACAAGAAAUAUCAGUUGAAGUAGUAGAAGUUCCACAGAAGACGCCAAGCUUGCAAGACAGUGAAGAAGUGGUUUCAUCUUCAGAAGUCCUACAGUUAUAUGAGUCAGAUUCGCUGGAGCCAAAAGUUUUGGAGAGGAUAUCUGAAGAACUGGAGGUGUUUGAUUCCUCAAGCAUUCUGAAAAUAAGAGGGAAAGCAUUUCCAAAGGCUGAGCUGGUUGAAAUGCACAAAAGCUUAGAAGAUCUUUCUCAACAGCAACCACUGUCUCUUCUUUCUACAUGGACUACAAAGAUCAAAGAUAUGGACUGUCCUUUUAUUCACCAUCUAUGUACAGCUUCUCCUAGAUGUGUAUUGCCUGUUGAUAUGCAGCUUGUUUCUAGAGUGAGCCAUACUUCAGACAAAAAGGGCCAUAACGUCUCAUUACCAGCAUUUAAUCCUGGUUAUUACAAGUCAGAAGAACUCUUUCCUGCAAUUACUCUGCUUGAGAAAGAGAGUGAAACAAAAAGAAUUUUUAAUGAAGGAGUUCCUAUAUCAGAGAUGUACUGGUGCAGUCAGAAAGAAAAAGAUACAGUUUUACCUUUAAAUUCCCUAGAAAAUAUGGCUGAAUGGCAAAGAAAAGCUGAAUAUUAUAUUGAGAAACCACAACUGGAAUUGUUGGGAGAGAAGGUUAAACUCCAACCAGGGACGCUAAAAAUGUUUUGGACUCCAGCUCCACUAAAAUUCUCUGCUCCCUUCUCUGUUAUGAAACAAACCUUAUUUUCAAAGUACGAGAGCAAUUUGAUUAAUGGGGUUAUUUAUGAAGAUUUUUCCUGUGAUCUUCAUGAGGAAGAAGAAACAGAAUCUGAGGAUGACUUUGACAAUUUGCUAUCUAAUAUUUCGCUAGACCAAAGAUGUUACUCAUGCCCAGCUUUUAUUACAAGCAAAACAUCUGAGUUAGAUGUGGGUAGAAGAUCAGCUAGCGAGCCAGAAUUAUUGUUGGACAGAGACAAAUCCGUUUUCAAGGUUUCUGCAAAUUUCAGAGUCACAAUGGAAGAACUGACGGCUAUGAAGAAACAGGCUUCUUUAACAGCAGUUAAGAUUAUAUCGUCAGAGGCUGCAACCACAGAUCAGUCAGAAAAAUAUACUACAGAUCCGUAUUCAGCUUUAGUAAAGGAGCGAUCAGUAAGCAUUUUCCAAGAGGAAAUAAAAGAGAAGGCUGUUCUUGUUGAAGAAUCGCGAAAAGCUGGGAUUAAAUACAUCAUUUUCCCAAAGAGAGAUCAAACAAAGAAAUCAGGAAGAUACAUUUCCCCUGAACUAGUACAAAAUAUAUAUGUCAAACUGAAGGAGUCUCCAAGGAUUAUUGAAAGGGUUACAUCUCUUGGAGAGCUUUAUACUCAUAAAAAAUACACAAUCCAAAUACCUCGAUCAGUUAAAUAUUAUCGGAAACUCAGUCUUCCUUGUUUGUUAGAUUUUGAAGCAUUUGCAGAAGACAGAGGUGGAAUUCCAGAACAUCUUAAUGAUUAUGCUUGGGCCAGAGAAAUAUGGAAUAAAUGGUUUGAUGAGUUGUACCCUCCUAGUAGUGAACCUGCUGAAGAUAAGGCAGUGCCUGUCAAAAAGAUUCCUGAAGAAAAACACAUCGAAGUGGGAAAAGAACUAACUGAUUCAGCUCUUAUUGUAGAAGGAGAAACAAACCUACUUGAUGAAUUUCAGUCUGAAAUUAAUCGACUGACUCGACAGAUAAAAGAAGGAUGUGCUCCUGCUUUUAACUAUUGUAGACGUGGAGCACUGUACAGGAAAGUGGGCAAACUCAAGGCAGCAAUGGAUGACUUGGAAAAGGCAAUAAGUUUAGAACCAAUGUUUCUUAAUGCUUAUUGGCACAGACAUUUGCUUUUCCUUUACCAAAACAAAACUCGUCAAGCAUUAGAAGAUCUGAAUUUUAUCAUUAAAAGCAACAAAAACCAUACAGAUGCAUACCUGUCAAGAGCUGAAAUUUACAAAAAACAGGGAGAUAAUUCGUUAGCAAUUAUAAAUUAUACUCUUGCGAUGAGAUGCAGGCCUACAGACGAUGAUAUAUAUUUCAGGAGAGCUGAGCUCUAUGAAGAAGAAGGUGAUUUGGCACGGGCUAUAGAGGAUUAUUCCAAGAGCAUUUACUAUAAUCCACGAAGAACAGAUGCACUUAUGAAGCAUGGACUGUAUUACUUUCAAAAAUCAAAUUGGUUGGUUGCUAUUAAUAAUUUUACAGAUGUGAUAAAAAUAGAUCCAAACAAUGCAGAGGCAAGAACUUUUCGGGGAAGAGCAUAUUUAAAACAAGAGGAAUACAAAAAGGCAGUUGUUGAUUUUUCUGCUGCAAUUCAUUUGGACCCUUGUGAUUGGCUGGCAUUCUAUUACAGAGGCUGUAUUUUGAGAAAGAUCGAUCCAAAGCAAGCUCUUCAGGACUUCAGUAUUUCUGUUCUUCUCAAUGAUGAUUUUGACAAUCUUAGUUGUUUCAUUCAUCGUGGCAUCUUGUAUUCUGAAAUGAAGCAGUGGAUGCUGGCAAUUGCUGAUUUCGAAAAUGUAGUGCUUUUGGACAGGAGUCUUACUUUGCCCUACAUAAACAUUGGACUGAUCAUGCUGUUACAUUUGGAUCGCUAUUUUGAAGCUAUUGAACAGUUCACUAGUGCCAUUAAGGUGGAUCCUUUAGAUAUUAGACCAUAUUUGUGCAGAGCUCAAGCAUAUCAAAAGAUUCAUAAGUUAGAGGAUUCACUGAAAGAUUUAACUAGAGCUAUUCAUCUCCAGCCAAACUCACCCCAUUUAUGCUUAAUAAGGGGACAAUAUUUACUGGAUAUGAAGAACUAUGAACUUGCAAGUUUCUGUAUACGCCAAGUAGCAGAAAUGGACGAAGGAUCCUUUGAAUGUUCUGUUGUUCAAGAAGCACUUGUUCAAUCAUUUUGUCAUAAUCAUAAUAAGGCCAUUGAGUAUGCACUUACAGCUACAAAGAAGCAACCUGAGCCUUCCACAUUUGUUCUUCUUGGAAAAAUACAAAUGAAAGCCCAAAAGUACAAGGAUGCUGUGGCUAGUUUUAAACAGGCAUUGAAGCUGCUGAUGGGCACUGGAAAAACUGUGCCGUGUACAUUUGAGGCUGCAGAAAUGUAUUAUUUUAUGGGACAGUGCUACAUGGAACAUGUGUCUUUAAUAGAGGCCUGCGAUGCUUUUUCUACUGCUGUCAAGUUGUAUCCACGUUAUGCUGAUGCAUUUUAUGAGAGAGGGCUGUGCAGAAUGCAACUCCAGCAAGAAAAAUGCAUAUUAGAUUUCAACAAAGUGCUUGCUAUUUCACCAAGACAUUUCCAGGCAUAUUUAAGUCGUGCUGCUUUCUUUGGAAGUAAGGGAAGAUACUCUAAAGCAAUAAUGAAUUGUAAUGAGGCCAUCAAAAUUCAUCCUAGAAGUGUGAGGGCUCAUCUCUAUAGAGGAGCAUUGAAAAUUUUCAAUAAGACUUACAAAAAUGCCAUUGAAGAUUUAAGUAAAACCAUAGAACUGGACAAUAUUUGUACUUUGGCAUAUUAUAACAGGGGAGUCUGUUACCAGCAAAUGAAGGACUACACAAAUGCCUUGAAAGAUUAUAGUAUUGCUCUUCUUCUUGAGCCAAACAAGGACAUUGUCUUGAAAGCGUUGGUUAACCGUGCACUAAUUUAUGUUGAACUGGAUCAGUAUGCUAAUUCAUUGGAGGACUUUACAGAGGCUACACGAAGUAAACCAAAAGAUUGUCAACUGUUCCAAGCUCUUGGAAUCUGCUACUACAGGCUUCAAAAGUAUGAAGAAGCUGUUAAGUCAUUUUCUACAGUACUUAAAUUAGAUCCUUUUUCUCUGGAUGCCUAUAUUGGACGAGGGAAUUCAUAUAUGGAAUAUGGUCAUCAGGCUGGUUCAAAACAGGCCCAGAAAGAUUUUUUGAAAGCAAUACACUUGAAUCCAUUGUGCAUAAAGGCCAGACUUUGCUUAGGAUACAACUUACAGGGCCUUGGAAAGUUUCAAAAAGCUUGGCACCAGUUUUCAGCAGCCAUUUACAUUGAUCCCAAAUGUCAUGUUGCUUAUGAUGGGCGUGCUAUAGUCUGUCUUCAGAUGGGUGAUACAUUUGCUGCCUUUCAAGAUAUAACUACUGCACUAAAGGUUACUACCAGUGCAGAACUCCUUACAAAUCGAGGUGUCAUUAAUCAGUUUAUGGGAUAUUUAAGUUGCGCCAUGAAAGACUAUCAGCAGGCAAUCACUGUUGAUCCCAACUAUGCUUUAGCAUAUUUCAAUGCAGCAAAUAUUUACUUUCUUAACAAGCAAUUUUCACAGGCCAAUGACUAUUAUUCCAAGGCACUGACACUUGAUGCAAAAAAUGAAUCUGCAUUCUUGAAUCGAGCUAUUACAAAUACACUGUUGAAAAACUUUGAGGAAGCAAAAGCAGAUUUUGAGAAGGCCAUUUGCCUCAGCCCUUUCUCUGCAGCAAUAUAUUAUAACAAGGCGAACCUCUACAACACAUUAAAGCAAUACGAGCAAGCUGAGGAGGACGUUUCAAAAGCUCUUUCAAUUCAGUCUUACGAUCCCCUGAUGUAUAAACUUAGAGCUGAUAUCCGUGGCAAACUGGGUUUCAUUAAAGAAGCUAUUGCUGAUUACAAGAAAGCUAUCAACAUCCAAGAAUUUAUCUUUACGGGGUGAGGAAUUUGCAGUAUAUAACAUUAAUAACCUAUGUUACAGUGAUUUUUGUAGUUCCUGUUUUUUGCAGCUGUACAUACUGUUUUCACCAGUGUAUUAAAUUUGUGGUAAUAAUAUAGCUUUAUUUGUAGUUGAACUUCUGUACAUAUGCAUAACUAAAAGAAGAAAAUCUAAGUGAAAAUAAUAAACAAUGUAACACAAACACUUUGUAUAUAUUACAGGAAAACAUGUACUUAGAACUAUAUUUACUGAAAUUAUUUGAGCUUAUUUGAGAAUCUUGUUUCUAAAUGUUUUUAUGGAAUAAUACAGAAGUUAAAAAACACUGAGUGUUAAAAUUUGUACAGGAGGUUUUGAUAUAUUUUAUUCUGAGGGGAUUGACUGUCUCCAGUAUUCAAGUUGUGAAAUUGUAUUUUUAUUGUGCUGUAAUUUGCAAGCUUCCUUGAAAGUAUGGAGGAGGUGACAUAUAAGUUUCUCAACAAAUAAAAUUAAUAGUAAGACCCCUGUGUCUCACAUAUCAUCAGAAAUACAGACUCUCAGCCUAGGGUUUAUAUACCACUGUAGGUUUGUUAGGAUUGGUAGCACAGUCCUGUGCUGACAUUGCCAUGGAGGUGAAGUGUGAGGAGAAGGGGUAACAUUUUUGGCUUCAUAUUGAGUCUUGUUGAAGUUUUUAAAAUUGCAAAAGAAAGGAGGAAGGCUGCGGGUGGUGGUAAUCCUCUAUAACCACAAGAAAACAAAGUUCAAAAAUACCAGAGGUUUCUGAUUUGAAAAUAAUUACAGAAAACAGACUAAAAAACACCAAUCCAUAAUAGAGGGAAAAUUAAAACAUAUUGCAGUGGUAGGGUUGCCAGAUCCCCCUACUUUGAAACCAGGGGGCAAGGAGUGCACAACUUCUCUUCUUUUGCAUGUGCACACCACACACUCCUGGCAACAGCUUCCAGUUUAAACCAGAAGUGAUGUCAUUGGAAGCCUGUGGAGCACACACACACCAUUUUGCUGCUCUGGCCAGGCUUCUAGAGUUGUGUGAUCUGGCUUUCCUGAUCCGGUGUAUAGCUGGAUUCAUGCCAAUUUGGCAU